GAUAAGAAAUAUAAGAAAAAAAUUUCGCAUGAAAAAUGUAUAUAAGUAAGUAAGGCUAGUGUGUAUGUAUGCGCGUGUGAAAAGUGGUGAAAGUGCUUUGGCAACGAUAAGCAGCGAAACGAAAAAAAAAUCGAAUAUCACAGCACUCGUUUGGCCUUCGUCGUGUUCGAGGCGAGCGAAAAAAGCAUAAUACUUUGGGAAAGUGUAAGAAAAUAAAGAAUUAAAUAGAAAUUAGCGAAUAAUCAAAGUAGUUAUACUAAAAGCGUAUUUAUUCAAACUGAAAGUAGCAAAAUUAAAGUCGAAAAGUCGUUUUCCAGCGCGCAGCAAUUGGUAGCAAAAACUUUUCUUCAUCUUCGUCUAAAGCAUACUUAUUAAUAUAAAAGCAGCUAUGAGUUCUGGGAUGACUAAUAAUAAAAGUGGCAUACAAAAUAUAGUAGAAAAAAAUAAUAAUUAAAGGUUCAAAGGAGCUAGAGCCGCAGAUUCAGUGAGAUCUACGAGCAGGAGCUUCGUAGAACUGAACUAAGUUAAAUAAGAAAAUAUAAUAGUUCAGAACAAAACCCAGAGCGACCCCACGACUUUUGGCGAGUUCAGAAAGUGGACAUAAGAGAGUAAAGUAAAUCGUAAACAUGGCUCAGUACGGUGGAGCACCCAAUCCUUUCGCUGGAGGUGGUGGCGGCGGCGGCGGCUAUGAACAACAACCCGCUUAUGGCGGCGGUUAUACCCAACAGAUGGGCGGCUAUGAUCAAACAGGUGGUGUUGGCGGUGGUUAUGAUCAAAGCGGCACGGGCUACGAUCAAAGUGGCGGUUAUGAUAAUCAAGCUGGCUAUGGUGGUGGUAUGCCAAAUAUGGGUGGCAUACCCCAACAGCCGUACGGCGUGGCAGCACGUCCACGCGUAGAUGUGGAGGCCACUGGUGAAGUGGAUCCAACACUAUAUCCCGAGGCCAAGGAAUCAACAAACAAAAUUCGUGGACACGCUGAUGUCAUCGAAAUGCUCUUUGGUCCCACUGAACACGAGCUCAUACCGGUGAAAGCUUUCUAUUUCUUCUUUUUUGCCGCUUUCGGUUCACUUUUUCCUCUUAUGGGUGUCUACUUCAAGCAGAUGGGCAUGAAUCCAGGACAGUGUGGUAUUCUAAUUGGCAUGCGACCAUUUGUGGAAUUCUUGUCGGCGCCCUUCUGGGGCUCGUAUGCGGAUCGUUGUCGUCAAGGCAAGAAGUUGUUGUUGGCCUCACUCGCCUGUUGGAUCUUGUUUACGCUGCCUUUAAGCUUCAUCAAACCAGAGGCUGUAAAUUGCAUCGAACGCAAGAACGAAACCGAUUUCGUUUUGACUUUGACGCGAACCAAGCGAGAUUUGUCCGCCUACGAUAUGACCGAUAUGAAUAAGGGGAAUGUUGACAGCUUUGGUACGCAGGCCGCUUUGGAGGGAACAGCAACGAUGCCGGCAAGCGAGGUAGUAGAGCAGUCGCACAGCAGACGCAAGCGUUCGCUGAUACCUCGCAUCGAUGCCGGAAUUUCGCCUAUACACAUCAACUUCGUCAGUAAUUACGAUGACAAACAGCAUCGCGACUAUGUGAGCCCCAUAUUUUCGUCUAUGGUGUAUCGUACGCCGGAUAUACAGAAAGCUUUCUUCCUGCUCUUACUUGUCAUCCUCAUUGGGGAGUUCUUUAGCGCUCCAGCCAUCACACUCGCCGACUCUGCUGUCAUCACAUUGCUCGGUGACGAUGCGGACAAAUAUGGUCAUCAGCGCAUGUUCGGCUCACUUGGCUGGGGUAUUUCCAUGUUUGUAGUCGGUAUUGUGCUCGAUCAUUCCACACGCUUCUCACAUCAUCCUUGCGGCGCCGGCCAUAUGGAGAAGAAUUACAAUAUAUGUUUUGCUAUCUUUUCGAUUUUAAUGACCUGUGCCAUCGCCUCCGCUUCGAAAAUCACUUUUAAAUACGAUCCACUCGAUAUCGAGCAACCGGUUGAGAAUCCAGUUGCCACUGCUAAUAAACAAGCGGAGGACGAAAGCAUGGCUGAGUUGGCUGCACAAUUGAAUUUACCCUCGUUGGCGGUGGGUAGCGGAUCGGCGGUGGUGGGUAAGGCUCCUCAAGCUGCGGUUGGCGCGCAAUCGACUAUGUUUGCACAAACUACCAAGGAAAUGCCCGAAUGGCUGACUGUGUUGACACACUUUAAGGAUAUGAAGACAAUAUCGUUUCUCUUCGUCGCCUGGUUCAUGGGAUUUGGCAUUGGUCUGAUAUUCACCUUCCUCUUCUGGCAUUUGCAAGACUAUGGCGGCACACCAACACUCUUCGGUGUUGCCUCUGUGAUUAACCACGUGUCCGAGAUUUUCGCUUACUUUUACAGCUUUCGCUUCAUAGCAAAAAUCGGUCACAUUAAAGUGUUGUGCUUAGGCUUAAUCGGCAACGUGCUGCGCUUCCUGUACAUUUCCUAUGCGACCAAUCCGUGGAUGGUGUUACCGUUCGAGUUAAUGCAAGGCGUUACACAUGCUGCCGUCUGGGCUGCUUCUUGUUCGUAUAUUGCGCAUAGCACACCAAAACAUUUGAGAGCUUCGGCACAGGGCGUACUGCAGGGUAUACAUCAUGGCUUGGGACGCGGCUGUGGCGCUAUCAUUGGCGGUAUGUUUGUCACAUACUAUGGCACUACGAAAACAUUCCGCGGUUACGGCUUGUCGUGCCUUGUGGUCUUGGGUAUCUUCAUUUUCGUGAACUUCUAUCGCAAAGACCAGGGCUUCAUCUCCGACCUGCCACCAACGGAGGAUCCGCGACAGGUGGCGGAGGAGACCUCACAUCUGGCGCCACAUGGUGUGCCCAGUAAUCCGAUACCACGUGCUCUGUCUAAUGCCCGUCUGAAUGAGAUGAAUCCAAAUGGUGGCACCGGCAAUAGCUAUGGUACUUAUCAGACCACGGGCGGUAAUCUCGAUAUACCCGGCGCAAAUCCACAUAAUCCCUUCGCGCAGUAAAGGGUUUACAAGAUGACACACGAACGACUAACUGGUCAUAAGGGAAAGAGAGAGGGAGAAAGGAAGAAAAGAGCAGGAGUAGGAAAGUGAAAAGAGAAAGAG